CAACCGCCAUGAACCAUUAAAGAAGAAGAAGGAGGAGAAGAAGAAGAAGAAGAAGAGGAGGAGGAGGAGGAGGAGGAAUAGGAAUAGGAAUAGGAAUAGGAAGUAUUCACGAAAGUGUAGUGUCAACAAUGCUAAAAAUGGACUCUAAUGAGGACGUGUCGUUAUUCGAUGCUGAAGAGGAAUCUGCCAAAAAUUCACGGAAAUCAAAGAUCAAACACCCCGUGGCAUCGUUCUUCCACCUGUUCUUCCGUGUGGGAGCGAUCCUGGUCUAUCUCCUGUGUGAGUUCCUCAGCAGCAGCUUCAUCGCCUGUAUGGUCUUCAUCAUCCUCCUCCUGUCAUGUGACUUCUGGACCGUUAAAAACAUCACAGGUCGGUUAAUGGUGGGUCUGCGCUGGUGGAACCAGGUGGAUGAAGAUGGAAACAGUCACUGGGUGUUUGAGUCUAGAAAGGUGAGCGGGAGUGAGCGCUCAGUGUCUCUGCCAUCUGAUGCAGAAGCUCGAAUCUUCUGGCUCGGCCUGAUCAUCUGUCCUGUGCUGUGGAUCAUCUUCACCUUCAGCACGCUCUUCUCCUUCAGGAUCAAAUGGCUGGCGGUGGUGUUAAUGGGCGUGGUUCUGCAGUGUGCUAAUCUCUAUGGUUACAUUCGGUGUAAAGUUGGAACCAGCAGCAAUCUGAAGAACCUCGCAACCAACUACCUGGGAAAGCAACUCCUCAGACAGGCUGUGAGUAAACAGGACAUAUCGUGAAGCGGAGCUGCAGAACCCUCACUGUGUGAAAGAUUUCACUGGAGUUUUGUUUACAGAAGGAUUUUGUGAAGCUAACAGAACUGUUACUGCACUGUUUUUUUGGAGUAAAGUAUUUAUUUAUAUUGCUUUUUAUCAAGAUACACAACUCCCUUAUUUACUUUGUCUUUAUUAUUAUUCUACAAUCUGUGAAAUAUAUAAAUAAAUAAAUAAAUAUACUCUGUGUCCUGACUGUGUGACCUCCAGCUAUAUGAAAUAUCAGAAAUAUGAAUAGAAGUGAAAAUGAAAAUUAAAUAGUAAACUUUUAUUUACAUUUUUAAACUUUGUGUUCAAUUCUAUUAAUUUUUAGCUAAAUUAAUAACAUUUUUUAUAUCUGUUAUUAUUAAAAAGAAUUAAACAUGUUUAAAUAUUUAAAUGAAGUGCUCUGGAUAAUGUUAUGCAGUGUUUCUAUUCAUUAUGAGGUAAAGAAGAAAUUCUUUAUUAGAAUUCUUUAUUCUUUAAUAAAAUAAGUCUUUUUGUUUCCUGUUUGUGUGUAAAAUUUAUACGUAAUGUAAUAUAUUUUUUAUUAUUUUAUUGGAAGAAGGUCAUGUUUUUAUAUAUAUAUGUCUGAUUAAAGUUUCUUUACUGAC